CCUCCCCACGCAUGCGCAGAAGCCUUUCGCAGCCUUCUCUGCGCCUGCGCACUAGAGACGGCCUGCCAUUUUUUUUUUGAAGGCAUAGCGGGGGACCUCCGUCGCUAUCCAGAGUUUUUGAAACACACGCGAGAGGGGAAUGGCAGCAGCAGAGACCCAGAGCGGCGAGGCGGCCGCGGUUCCGGAGGGCCUGGGCUCCAAUACGAGGCGUCUGGCCGAGCUCCGCGUGAUUGACCUGCGGGCCGAGCUCAAGCGCCGCAGCCUGGAUACUGGCGGCAACAAGAGCGUCCUCCUCGAGCGUCUCCGGAAGGCUAUUGAGGAAGAAGGAGGUGAUCCUGAUGUGAUCCCAGUGGUGCCGGAAACAGCCUCCAAAAAGACCCCCAAGAGAAGUAGUAAAGGACGGAGGACGGAGGAAGAAGGGACUGAAGACAAUGGGCUGGAAGAUGAGCCUGGAGAGGGGCAGGAGGAUAAUGAAACGAGUGUGGAUAAUUUUCAGGAUAUUGACAUGAUGGAGAUUAGUGUGUUAGAUGAAGCUGACAUAGAUAACAGCACUGGCAUAGAUUGCCAGGAGAAGGAGGCGGCAAGCAGUGCUGAGAGUAGACAUGGCUCCCCCUUUGCUAGGAAAGACAAUGUUGGCGCAGAAAAGACAGACAUUCCAGAGCAGCAGGCAGGAAGCCCUGUAGGUCCCAAGGUGUCGCCUCCUCCACUCAUGUCUGAGAUUAAAGAAGAAUCUAGAAAAAUACCACUAACCAUGGCAGAGGACGAAGAUGUCAGUGGCCCCUUCGAUCUGCCACCCUCUGACUUUGAAAACAUGCAGGAGCUUGACGAAUUUUCCUUGGAAACAGAAAAUGAGAAAAUGCUCGACAUUUUGGGUGACACUUGUAAAUCUGAGCCCCUUAACGAAGACCCUCCGGAAGCGGAGCAGGAAGCGCAUGAGCCGUUGCCGGUGGGCCAAGAGGAAGAGGAAGAGGCGCUUGGCGGCACCACCGCUCGGCCGGACGAAGAGCGUUUAGAUUCGGAGGGCAAGGAAAAGAAAGAGGAAAAUCAAGAAGAGGAGGAAGAGGAAAGCAAGGCCUUAGUGGUAGCGAAAGGGGAGCUGAGUGGAGAGAGUGUUAAGGAAGCCACAGUGGACUCUGACUCUUUAGCCUUAGCGAGCAGGAGUGAAGGAGGAGGAGAAGGAGGAGGAGGAGGAGAUGAGAGUAGCAGAGGAGCCCAAACUUUGGAAGCCCGUAGUGAGGAAACCGCGGAGGAGGAGGAGAAGGAGACGGAGGCAAGGCCCCAAGGGGGGAGCCCCGAGGAGGCCGCGAAGACGGAAGCCCAGGCUCAGGGUCAGGAGGAGGAACAGGAGCAGGAGGAACAGGAGGAAGAGUCCUCUGCCACUAAAGAGCCCUCUGCCCAAGAGGGGGGUGAUCUGAACAUGAGCUCCAAUGAGGAUACAGAAGUUAAAAGCACUUCAAAGGAUGAGAAGGGCCGCCUCAGCAGCAGCUCUGGCCGAAAUCUCUGGGUCAGUGGCCUUUCAUCUUCAACCAGAGCUACUGACCUGAAAAACCUCUUCAGCAAGUAUGGAAAAGUGGUGGGCGCCAAAGUGGUGACCAAUGCCCGCAGCCCUGGCGCCCGGUGCUACGGCUUUGUGACCAUGUCCUCCUCAGAGGAAGCUACCAAAUGCAUCGCCCAUUUGCAUAGGACAGAGCUGCAUGGGAAGAUGAUCUCUGUGGAAAAAGCCAAAAACGAACCAGCGGGGAAAAAGGGGUCCUCUGACAGAAAGGAAGUGGAAACAAAGAAGGACAGGGACCGGCGCCAUUCGACGGAUUCAAGAUCUGAAAGGUCGCAUAGCAAUAAAAAAGAAGAGAAAGCAAACAAAAAGGAUGAUUCCAAAGAGGAAGACGCUGGCAGCGAGGCGAAAGAAGCAAAAGAAGGGGAGAAAACGGAGGAGGAACAGAAAGCGGGGUCCUCUGGCCGUGCACGUUCUGUCAAAUCAGGAAGCCGAGGGAUUGAACGGACGGUGGUCAUGGAUACAUCCAAAGGGGAGCCAGUGAUCAGUGUCAAAACGACCUCCACGUCGAAAGAGAGAAGCACAAAGAGCCCGGACUGCAAGUCAGAGAGCAAAGAGAAGCAGGACAUCUUGUCAUUCGAUAAAAUCAAGGAGCAGCGGGAAAUGGAGCGGGAGAGGCAGCGUGAGCGAGAGAUCCGAGAGUCUGAGCGCCGAAUGAAGUGGGAGCGCUUUGGGCAGCAGCAGCGGACCCAUGCAGUGCUCAGGUUGGAUGAGCGGCAGCGGCUGAAACGGGAGUGGGAUCGGCUCCACUUCCAGCGCCAGCGGCUGGAGCGGGAGCGGAUGGAGCGGGCACGGCUGGAGCGGGAGCGCAUGCACAUUGAGCAGGAGCGCAGGCGGGAGCAGGAGCGCAUCCAAAGGGAGCGGGAUGAGCUGCGGCGCCAGCAGGAGCAUCUGCGCUACGAACAGGAGCGCCGCUCGACCCUGCGGCGGCCCUAUGACUCGGAUGGCAGGCGUGAUGAUUUCUAUUGGCCGGAGGCCAAGCGGAUGGCCUUGGAUUACCGGUACCAUUCAGACUUUGCCCGUCAGGACCGUUUCCAUAGUUUUGAUCACCGAGAGCGCAGCCGGUACCAGGACCAUCAUCCAGCAGACAGGAGAGAAAGCUCAAGGACACUGCCAGAUCGAGAUACGCAGCACCACCCAGAGCGCCAUUCACGGGACUCCCGGGACAGUUGGGGCGGAUACGAGAGGAGGCUGAGCAAAGGGCAGGGCUUGCCCCCGGCCUCCCGCGACGGCCGAGACUGGGCCGACCACGGCCGCAAGAUGGAGGUGCACCAGGAGCGUUCCUGGGCGGGUGGCGUGGAUGAAAGGUGGCAAGGGGCCGAGCGGAGUGUUCCUGACCAGCCUGUGCCCAGCCAUGUCCUAGACCGGGGAGGGAUUCCAGGGCGUGGAGGUUUCGCGCAAAGUGACACCUCGAAUGCAGUGGUGCAAGAAGCUGGCUUUGCCGAUCCGGACCGAACGAGCCGACCUGGCGACCCUCGCUUCACCCGACAUUAUUGAAAGCCUUUGGCCAUUGCUUCGGAGUCUCGGCGUCAAAAGAGAAGGCAACCACAGCAUCUUCCUCUCAUAGCUUGCAUCCGACAACAUGAACGGCGUGCCUAUAUGUGUGUCCCACCCCCUCCUUAUGUUCUGUUUUGGAUAUAUCACUCUGCUUGUUUCGGAAGAAGCAUUCCAUUAUUUUUCCAUAAAUAAUAAUAAUAAAAAUUCUUACAAUGUUA